GACCUUGGCGGCUAUUUACAUUUCGAAGCUGAAUUGCGCUUCUCACAUCAACACUAGGAUUGUUUGCAGAAGUAAAGAGUUUUGACUUUAACAUCGUCACGAAUGCGAUUAUCGCGUAGCAAUUACUUCCUACGUCAAAAAUGCAUCAUUUUUCGUCAAAAGUGUAAAUUGACGGAGAACAGUCCCAUUCGUGUACGUUUCGCUCCAAGUCCUACAGGUUUUAUGCAUUUAGGCGGUUUACGUACUGCCUUAUUUAACAAGUUGUUUGCUGUGAAACACUCGGGGAAAUUCAUACUGCGUAUUGAAGAUACGGAUAAGUCCAGAGUUCAACCAUAUGCUAAGGACGAUAUUAUCGAGUCGCUUCACUGGUCUGGACUAACUCCUGACGAAAGUCCAACCACUGGUGGAAAUUAUGGUUCGUACAUUCAAUCGGAAAGAAAACCCCUGUAUUCAUCUAUUGCUCAAAAGUUAAUUGAUGAAGGAUUUGCUUAUCGAUGCUUCUGCUCUUCAGAACGACUAGCUAUCUUACGCAAGGAACAAAGUCGUCGUAGGGAACCUCACCGUUAUGAUAAUCGUUGCCGUAGUUUAUCUCAAAGGGAAAUCGACGAAAACUUAUCAGCUUCUCGGCCAUAUGUUAUUCGGUUCAAGAUUGAUAAUUCACCAAUAGAAGUAAAUGACAUCAUUUAUGGAAGUUCUGUCUUCAAUUCACUCAAUUCUGAAGGAGAUUUUAUCAUUGUGAAAUCCGAUGGUAUGCCUGUUUACCAUUUGGCCAACGUAAUUGAUGAUCAUUAUAUGGAAAUCAGUCAUGUUAUUAGAGGAUUUGAAUGGUUUACUUCCACGCCUAAGCAUUUGAUGCUAUACAAAGCUUUAAAUUGGUCACCUCCACAGUUUGCACAUCUUCCUCUGUUACUUUCCAGUUCAGGUGGUAAACUGUCUAAACGUAGUCCAGAAUUCUCUCUUAUCGGUAGUGUUCACAGUUUGCGUAAGGCUGGUUAUAUGCCGUCUGCCGUAUUGAAUUGGUUGACAUCCACCGGAGGUGGUGUCUGUCAUGAUGAUUCUAACGAAAAGGGCGACUUUUCGAAUAAGUGGAGGCCUGAAUUUGAAUUCUCUGAAUUAGUUUCUCGAUUCAACUUAAGUAAUAUCAAUCGUCAUAACGCUCAUUUAUCAACAGAUUUGUUAAAAAUAUGCGGCCAAUUUCAUUUUGAUAAAGCUGUAAACAAUGCAUUGGAUUAUUGUAUAAUGCAUCAAAAGCAAAGUAAUCAGACCACUUAUAAAACUCCACAAAUACUAGAAACAAUUAAAGAAUAUCUGCAGUCAAAUGUAGAAAACCUAUCGAUUGGUAAAAGUCAAUCUGCUCAAAAUGAUUUGCGUGUGUUGAAACGAUUGCAACUCUUGAAAUGUCGUAUUCACUGCUUAGAUGACUUAGUCGACCCCGAUAAUGGUUUCUUAUUUAUGUGGAAGUCUCCAGAUUUAGCUACUUGUGAAGGCGUUAUCACUAAAAUUUCUAUCAAAAUACCUUUACAAGAUAUACUCAGAUUGUUUGGAUGUUUUGUUGAAGAAAUGAAUCAUAUUCUUCAGAAAGAACAAGUGAAUGAUAGCACAGAUUUAAACUCCGAUGUGAUAACAACUUCCCUUCAGAGUGUCUGCGAACGUUCAGGAGUUGAACGUAAGACUGUAUUGCACCUAAUCAGAUUAGGCCUUAUAGGAUUCGAGGUAAGUGCUUAAAUGAUUCUUCUGUAAAAAAGCCAACUUUUUACUCUUGCGUGCAAUGAAAUAUUGAGAGUGCACUAGUUUUUCAUCCAUAAUACUUAUCAUUCGAAAUUACAUGCAGUUUUUGUGGUACGAACAUAAUAUUCAUCGCCUUAAAGUAUAGUUAUUAUCUUUUGUGUAACUGUAUGUAUACACUAUUAGGAAUUUUCGCCUACUUAUUUACCGAUGAGUCAGUAAUCUAAAGUUUGAUUGAAAUAUAGUGGUAGCCAGCAGCUAGAAACGGUAAUCAAAAUGAUGGAAUUCAUUAGAUGAUCAAACGGUCAAGUAGUUUCAAACUGGUGUUUAAAAUAACUUUUUACGACCUACUGUGAAUUAUGUAGCAUAUAUCAACUGAUUGUUUUGUCCUAAGAGAGGUUUCAUAAUAUCACGCGACCUACCGAUUGUUGGCACUAUCAAUUUAUUAUCAUUGCGAGAUGUUUGACACUAGCAAUAAGAAAUAAAUAUGUCAACGAACGACACGCAGUUGAGUUUAGUGUGUCAAUAACGAUGUUAGCCUUGGGUCAUCCCAACGUAUAAAAUUUCUAAUAAUUGCCAGUACUUCAUAAUAUAAAUUAUUACCUUUGAAUAUUCAGGUGGGGCCUCCUGUGGUCGAACUUAUUCAAUUGUUGUCCAUACCAGAAGUGACUAAUCGGAUAAACAAUCUAAAGGAUUUUCUAAUACGGAACUGUUCU